AACCCCCACAGUCGAGGACGGCAGGGCUGCUGGCUCAAUAAUUGUGUGCCUCCAGCCACAGGAAAAAGCAACCGCAUGCAGCGCCUUGUGCAGUCUUCCUUGGUAAUCGACACCCUGACGGGAGAGUGCUUCACCAAUCAGGACUUAUAAAACUCUGAAGUGUGGCAAUGCCGCAGGUCUCAGAUCACAUACAGUAAUUUCCAAAGUUUUGGUUGUUCGCCGAGAUAUUGGUUGCACCACCUCAGCCCUGUCUGUCCAAGUCGGGCGGAUGCUUGGCUGUCAAAAUCGGCGGCUGAAAAUCCUAGGAAACCAUAAAACCCCUGCUGCCUCGUAGCCUUGACGAGUUAUUCUUUCCGUUCAUGAAUUAUUAUCUUGCAUCGAAAGUUUCAAUAUUCACGUUUUGUCGUUCGGAGGCUGGCAAGGCUCCAUUUUCCUUCCAAGGGAUUUGCCAACGUCACAACGUAUCAUGGCCGAAUUCAUUAAGUACUGCAAAGGAAAUAAUUAUAAUGAGGUCCACGGGAGCUCGGUUGAAGAGGGCCUUCUUCACUUCUUUGGUUGCCUAAAAUUUUCAGAUCGUGCGGAGUUCCUCGGAUCCUUGCAGGGAACGGAAGCAAAUGAUAAGUUAAGACUUCGAAUAACAGGGGAGCUCGCUCGGACUGCCAAGUUAAGGGAGAUUUUCGAAGCCGAGGGACUCAAAACUGAGACCGGAAAGCUGCUCAAAAGUUUCAAAGCGACUCUCUAUCAGCGAUUCCCAAGACCGAGGAGUCAGGCUCCUGAAGAACUGCCACAGAAUGUACCAGCCUCUCAGGGCCCGACAUCAAGAUCAGAGAACCUUGAGGAUAAAUUAAUGGAAGUAGUGUUAGGGGACCUCCGAGCAAACGUAAUUUAUUUCAAGAAAAAGUCAAAAGAAGACCCCCCGGCCCCCUACGACCACCCUGAGCUCGAGGAUACAUUCCCCGAUCAGAGGGUCCCACUCAGUCUCCUACUCGAGGAAAACCCAAAGAGAAAUCCUUUGAUGUGGAAGUGCGAAGAGGACAUGAUUCGGUAUUUCCACAUUCCGGCUAAUAAUAUGUCUUGGGUCGAGGAAGCAAUUGCUCGGUAUUAUAAUGAAAAGAAACCUGAUCUCCACGGCCCAUAUCGCAAGCCGCGACAGGGAGUCCAGGAAUUGAAGACAAGAAUGUUAUUGAGGCCACAGUAUUGGCGCAGCCUACAGCAUGGGGAUCGUCCGGAUCUUCCCACUCACACUCGCCACAUGCGUCCGCGGUGUUACCCUAUCUCAACAGAUCAUGAGAAUACCGUGCCGAAACCGAAAAACCUUAUGCUCUUCAUGCCUUACCUUCACUGGGAGACUGACCGAAGAAGACUCAAAAGUGCCGAGAUCCUGAAACGUCACGGUCUUGCCAAGUGGUCCCCUUUCAGUGAUGUGGUUGGCAAUGCAGCAGACCCUGUCGUCGAGACAACAAUGGACCGAGAAAAUUCAGACGGUCUCUUAGAAAACAUAACAACAAGAAAUUGGUCCCGCAGACCGUCUGCCAGCCCCGCUAAGAUAACGCACCAAUCGAGACCUCAGCGCCAGACAUUGCUUGGAAGAUUGCUCCUCAAGGCUGCUAUCUUAUUCGAAGCGAUGGACGGCUUUGCAGACGAAAAGCUCAUCGAAAAGCACUUGAGCAAAAAACCGCCUUUGCACCCACGCCGUACUUUGGACCAGUCUUAUUACUGGACGCUGAAGGACACAUGCAGUAGAGAUCGUGACCAGGUGGUGUACAGAGGGACGGCGCCAUAUCCGAAGCUCUUGCACUUUGGGUGUAAGAAGGAUGACCCGAAAAAAGAUAAGGCAUGUCCUCAAUGCACUGAGAACGUCAAGAAGGUGCCACGGGUGGUGAUGGUUGACCAAUUAUGGAUGUGGAUAUUGGAUGAAAAUACCAUCAUCACCAGCUUCCCAAAGAGGUGGGGAAGGAACAAGCCAGAUCCAUCUGCUGUUCAGAAGUGCAUAAGAACACGUUUGCGUGCUGCUCGAGUCGAUGAAGUAAGAUGUGCAUACGACCUAGCCAUUAUAAUUCUAGAUCAGGUCAGCCGAGUCUUCUUUGAUCGAACACAGCCUACGGAUCUUCAACCCCAGGUGAUAGACAGUUUUGCCAACGCCAUUGGAAAGGUGACUCACAAGCAGACCAUUGCUUUUGAUCACUUCUGGGAAUGUACUCGAUUGGUCUCAAAGGGAUAUAAUUCUCGUGAUGAAACUGCCUUCACCUCAGUCAAGAAAUGGCAAGAUACUUUACUGGACAUUAAUCCUGAAGGCGAUCUCUUGCGAGAAAUCAAGGAUAUACUGGACGAAUUGUUCAUCAUGACGUUGAUCAAGACUCAGCAAGAAACAGUCAUACGGACCUUUGUUAAGAACUGCCAGCGUCUCCAGAAUUGGGACAGUCCGGGAGAUGCCGAUAAUCGAAGCGACAGAAGCUCACCGAGGCUGAGUCCAAUCAAGCCGAAGCAGAGAAGAAUGUCUUCUCUUACAGCAGUACCAUAUCUCACUCUUGAUCAGCAGUACGACCCAGAGGAUGUCAAUUGGACCAAAAUAUGUGCGAGGGAGCUACUUGAUAAUCUAGGUGACCAGGUGUUGGAGUUGCAAUCCUUGAAGAAUGCCGCUGAGAAUACAUCCGUCGCUUUGAAAGAUCUCCUGGCUUUGAAACAGCAGCAAGCAGGCGUCGUGGAAGCACGAGAAUCAGUCAAGCAAGGCGAAGAAUCUCUCAGGCAAGGAAGAUCGAUCAUGUUGUUCACAAUUAUAACAAUCGUCUUUCUGCCCAUGUCUUUCUUCACUGGGGUUUUUGGUAUGAACGCCACAAACCUGACUGGCUCCAAUGGUCCUGGACUGUACAACUGGGGUGAUAUCUUUCGAUUCAUGAUUCCCAUCUCCGCCUUCAUAAUAACCUGCUCUCUCCUCCUCGCCUUCAGCAAGCUGGUCCGCGCCUUCCUCUCCUUCUGGUUUAAUAUCGGCUGGGCCUGGCUGAUCACCUCAACACCCGCCUACAUCAGAUGGCGCGAAACACACUUGAAUAGCAAGAAACUAGCCGAAGAGGAGACGAAGAUAGUUAAUAGGAUGAAGAAGAAGGCCCUCCAGGUGGAAUUUCAACGGAAAGAGGAGGAGAUGGUGAGACGGGAGGCAAUGCUGAAGGAGGAGGCAAUGAGGCAGAAUCCUACUAGUUUACAGGGGAGAAUUGGGGGGUUAGUGGAUGGGGAUGUUGAGAUGGGUGUACGAUUGCGUUAGUUUUGAGUGGGAUGUUUUCAUGUGGUUUCGAUUGAUGUGCAGAUAUAGUGUAAAACCAGAUAACCAGGUCCUCGAUCCUCUUCAGUGCAAGUGCUAAACUCCAAACAGAAACCGAUUAUUACUUUUCAUCCAGUCAUUAACGACCACCGCGACUAGCGCUGUCUUACCCUACUUUGCAAGGAAAUUUCUGAGUUUUGCACAAUCUCGAGCGAUGAGUAUAUGCUACGAGUCGACAAGACAAA